AUUUUGAAAAGGAUUUGUGCUUCCGGGUUGUGAACGUUUCAGUUUCCUGGUUUUAACAUUACUAACUAGCUAUCUUUGGAGAGCAGCAAAGAAUACAGUUUUUUUAAGCCCCAAGUGACUGACAGUGAUGCAUGGGACAUGUUAUUGACAGCCGUUGGAAAGAUUCUGAAUGGGAGGGCUUGCUUCUGAGAACUGACUGCAGCCACAAAUCACCAGUCACAUUUUCCCUGCAGCUGACCUGACUGCAACUACCAUUAUUCCAGCCUGUAAUUAACCUGACAUGUCUCAACCGAAGGAGUCAGGCGAUCGUGGGAAAGACAGGGAGCGGGGCGCCCGUCCCAAGGUGAGACAGAGCCGAUCUGAGGAGAGAAGAGAUGCCAGUGGAAGAGGAAAGAAAAAAGGCCAUACUUCCCGUGAGCAGCAAGCUGCGGAGCGGCCUGUCAGCGAUGGGUUUGAGUAUGGGGAUCUGCUGACUGGUCUAGAGCCCAGGGAUCGCUGCUCCUCCUCUCCCCUGAAAGAGGGCAGGAGAUGGCAGGGCCAGGAGGGGGUCACUUCACUCAGCCAGGACAGGGGGACAGCCAGGCUGGCACAGGGGACACUUGAGCCACCAGCCAGUGAGGCUGAGGGCAGGGGGGCAGCUGGCAGUCGCACACUCCGCCAAAAGAUUCAGGAUGCUAUGGGGCAGUGUUUCCCCAUAAAGACCAACACUCCAUCAUUGUCCAGUUCCACUCAGCAGGUCUUCAUGCCACAAGCUGCAGCUGCUGCCUCCUCACGCCGCAAGAUCCACCUUAGUGAACUCAUGUUGGACGACUGUCCCUUCGCUGCAGGCACCGAGCUGGCUCAGAAGUGGUACCUCAUCAAGCAGCACACAGCCCCCAUCUCCACACCUCCUAUAGUGGACACCUUGGUGGUCAGCACUAGUGCCUCUGCCUCAAACAUGGCCGCCGUGGUGGAGGAUGUGGAUGACCGGUUACGAGAGCGCAGGCGCAUCAGCAUUGAGCAAGGCGUAGAGCCACCUCCCAAUGCAGAGAUCCACACGUUUGAGGUGACGGCCCAGAUCAACCCGCUGUACAAGCUGGGGCCCAAACUGGCCCAUGGUAUGAAUGAGCUUGCAGGGGACGACAGGGCUACCAUUCACCAGCAACAGCAGCUGCUUCUCCAGAGGCAGCAGCAGCACCAGCUCCUGCUGCAGAGCUGUCUGGACACUCUGGAUGAGGCAGUGGCUGUGGCUGCCUCCUCUUCUGCCUCUGCAUCUGCCUUGGUCCCUGUCUGUGAGGCUGCUUCUGUCCCUGACCCCGUGGAUGACCCUCAGGUCACAGCCAGCGUCCAGCCAACCAGAGCUGCCGUCCCCCAGGCUGAGGGUCCCCCUACUCAGGACGGCUAUCGCAUCCACACCCAGAUCGACUACAUCCACUGUCUGGUGCCUGACCUGUUGCAGAUCACUAACCUACCCUGCUACUGGGGUGUGAUGGACCGCUAUGAGGCCGAGACUCUGCUGGAGGGCAAACCAGAGGGCACCUUCCUCCUCCGCGACUCAGCCCAGGAAGACUACCUCUUCUCCGUCAGCUUCCGCCGCUAUGGCCGCUCGCUGCACGCCCGCAUCGAGCAGUGGAACCACAACUUCAGCUUCGACGUGCACGACCCAAGUGUGUUCCACGCGCCCACCGUCACAGGGCUGCUGGAGCACUACAAGGACCCCAACUCCUGCAUGUUCUUCGAGCCUCUGCUGUCCAACCCCAUCCACCGCACCCUGCCCUUCAGCCUGCAGCACGUGUGCAGGGCGGUGAUCAGCAGCCGCACCACCUACGACGGCAUCAACGUGCUGCCCAUCCCCAACACCCUGAAGAAACACCUGAAGGAGUACCAUUACAAGCAGAGGGUGAGGGUACGGAAGAUGGACACCUGGUGGGAAUAACAAAGACCUUCUGGUGGAAGUGAACCACAACUAGGCUACUAACUAAACACUCAAUGGAGGCGGGCCUCGCUCAGUGGACAACCAGUUGACUCACUCCAUUUAAAAAAAAUUAACAUAUUCUUACCUACUGCAUUCACUGUAUACCUAGCUACCUGUUUUAUUUAUUAUUUGCCGUAUAUGACGUCUUACACUUGUCUCAAACUCUGGAUAUAAUGUUAAUUCAAUUACGAUGCACAUACACAUUUUUCUUUACUCACAAACUUCAGAAGAAUGGUAAUGAUGCACCAUGUGUGAGGGGAUGUAUCAAUUAUUUGAGUUGAUGUGAACAGAAUCCAGGCUGGUUUGGUGGAUGAGUUAUGGAGCACAUACAGGUUUAAUAAUGGGUCUGUUAAUUACCAUUGCCAAAUGUAGGCUACUGGAAACUAACAGAUGUGACUGUAUAUGAAUGACAACCUGCUGGAAAACUGCUGAGGACCUGACUGGUGGUAUAAACCAUUUGCAAAUACAUUUUUUUUAAAUUUUGUGUAAUUUCUUUUGUAGGAAAAAGAAAGGUACUUAAAUGAAUUUGACUCGUCCUAAUAACCUUGAAUAAUCCAAUACUUUCCUAUAUAGCCUAUAGUUUUCAGACAUAAACUAAAACUAUGGGGUGUGUAAGGCAGGUAAAUGUCUUGAGUUUCUAUCCAUGUGAGAUGAUGUUACUACCUUUCAAAUUAGCGAACAUUGAAGCCAUUGCUGAAUGCUUAACACAAAAUGAAUCAAAUUGAAUAAGAGAUGAAACCAUUUCUCAGUGUUAGAGAAAACCAUGAUAAUAGAACAGUGUUGUGUUCGUGCUGAGAACAACAUGAAGCAGCACCUGCUGAGAAUAGCUCCAUCUCCUCUGUGAAGUUUGGAAGUAGAUCUGUCUAGCUUUGGUCUAUUGAUCUUCUUAGCCUACCACUGAUCCUGUGUUGGAAUCAGAGGAAUGAUGAUGGACGCACAUAUAAGCUACCUUUACGUUUUGAUCAUUGAGUCAUUGUGCCUUGUGCUUGGAGGCUGUUGGUGUAGCCUGGUCCAAUAUAGACAUUCCAGCAUGAUGGUGAUUUUAGGAUGGCCUCCAUUUUGUAUAUCGAUGUGAUCUCAAUAUCAUGUUACAGUUCUGGCUAUAUCAAAACGGAGGAUUGUAUCAACAAUGAGCUUUUAAAAAAUAAAUCUGACUUUUUUAGUACCAUGUCCUCACAUGACAUGAACAUUUA